GCAGCAACAGGGAAAAGAUGGCAGCGCUCGCGACCCUCACUCAGCUGUCAAACGGGAACCCUGUAUAUGAAAACUAUUACAGACAGGUGGACCCAGGAAACACUGGAAGGGUUGGACCGACAGAGGCUGCGCUGUUCUUGAAGAAAUCGGGUCUGCCAGACAUCACUUUAGGGAAGAUCUGGGAUUUAGCCGAUCCAGAUGGCAAAGGUUUCUUGGAUAAACAGGGAUUCUAUGUUGCACUGCGACUUGUGGCUUGCGCACAGGGUGGCCAUGACAUCAGUCUUAACUGUUUAAACCUCUCCGUUCCCCCUCCUAAAUUUAAGGAUCACAGCAGCCCAUCACUAAGUUCUGUAACAUCGUCCAAUGAAAGUCAUUGGGCUGUGCGGCCUGAGGAAAAGAGCAAGUUUGAUGGUAUUUUUGAAAGUCUUGCUCCCGUAAAUGGACUACUGUCGGGUGAGAAGGUCAAACCAGUCUUAAUAAACUCCAAACUACCUGUGGAUGUCCUUGGAAAGGUGUGGGAUUUGAGUGACAUAGACAAAGAUGGACACUUGGACAAAGAUGAGUUUGCAGUGGCUAUGCAUCUGGUGUACCGCGCCUUGGAGAAGGAGCCUGUACCAUCUGUUCUGCCCUCCUCCCUUAUCCCUCCAUCCAAACGAAAGAAAUCAUCAGGUUCUCUGUCCGGCAUGGUGCCGGUGUUGCCAGGCAGCCCCCCACCUCCAAAAGACAGUCUGCGGUCCACCCCUUCUCACGGCAGUAUGAACUCCCUAAACAGCGCUGGGAGUUUGUCUCCAAAACACACCAUCAAAUCAUCACAGUAUUCUGUAAACUGGGUGGUGCCAGUUGGAGACAGGAGCCGCUACGAUGACAUCUUCCUAAAAACAGACACGGACCUCGAUGGUUUUGUCAGCGGCAUAGAAGUCAAAGAAAUCUUCAUGCACUCCGGGCUUCCUCAAAACCUCCUGGCAUAUAUCUGGGCUUUGGCGGACACCAGACAAAUGGGCAAACUCACACGUGAGCAGUUCUCUCUAGCCAUGCAUCUGAUUCAACUGAAAGUGAGCAAAGGCUUGGACCCACCACAGGCUCUGACUCCGGACAUGAUACCGCCAUCUGAACGCGGCACGCCGGGGCCUAGUCUAUCGGGAUAUAUGACACCAGUGGGCUCCGAGAUGGCUGCAUUGUCCGAGAUGCGUCGGGACAGCUCCAGCUCUGUGGGUUCUGGCGAGUUCACUGGGAUCAAAGAACUGGACGAUAUAAGUCAGGAGAUCGCACAGCUGCAGAGAGAGAAAUACACUUUGGAACAGGACAUCAGAGAAACGGAGGAGGCCAUUAGACACAAAACCACAGAAGUUCAGGACAUGCAGAACGAUCUGGACCGAGAGACAUCCACCCUUCAAGAACUUGAGGCCCAGAAACAGGACGCCCAGGACCGGCUGGAGGAGAUGGAUCAACAGAAGGCAAAGCUGGAGGACAUGCUCAACGAUGUACGACAGAAGUGCCAGGAAGAGUCGCAAAUGAUCACGUCCCUACAGAGUCAGAUCCACUCGCAGGAGUCAGACCUGCAGUGUCAAGAGGAGGAACUGGGCCGGGCCAAGGCCGAUCUGAACCAUCUGCAGCAAGAGGAGGCUCAGCUGGAGCAGAGUUUACAAGCUGGCAGGAUUCAGCUAGAAACUAUUAUCAAGUCCCUCAAAGCCACGCAAGAUGAAAUCAACCAGGCUCGGAGCAAACUGUCUCAGAUUCAGGACAGCCAGCACGAGAUCAGCAAGAAUAUUGAGCAGUACAGCAGCACUCUGAACGGCACCCACGGGGGCAGCAUGACCAACCUGGCCGACAUGAGCGAGGGGUUCUCGGAGAAGGAGAACGGAGGAUUCGGGGCUAUGGAGGACCCUUUCAAGGUGAAAACAGCUGUGUUCAACAGCGCUCCUCAGGAGAUGCACACAGACCCAUUCCAGUCUGAGGACCCUUUUAAAACAGACCCAUUCAAGGGUGAUCCUUUCCAGAAUGACCCUUUCUUAAAGCAGCCCACCACCUUGGCAGAUCCUUUCGGAGGAGAUCCUUUCAAAGAGGCCGACCCCUUUAGGACCUCCUCUGAAGAUUUCUUUAAGAAGCCUUCCAAGCCGGACCCGUUCAGCCAAUCCGAUCCGUUUAGCAAAAGCGCCACCCUUCCCUCAAAGAGUCAUCACUUCCCAAGCAACGACCCGUUCAUCUCCACCAGCCCAAAACCGAAAGGCCAAGAUUUAUUUGGUACAUUAGACCCGUUCGGAAGCAGUUCGUUCGACGGUAACAGUGGAUUUGCUGACUUCAGCCAAAUGUCGAAGGGCUUUGUAGAUGACCCCUUCAGCCGAAAACAAGACAUGCCCGCCCUCCCACCCAAGAAAAGCAUACCGCCACGACCCAAACCACCCAGCGGUAAGAGCACUCCAGUAAACAUGCCCGGCUCCACGGAUUCUGCCAAGACGACGGAUCCCUUCCAGCCUUUCAGCGCCGACCCAGUCGAUCCGUUUCAGAGUAAAAAAGGGCCGGGAGACCCGUUUAGUGGGAAAGACCCAUUCGGUCCACCUGCUUCAAGUAAAGCCUCUAAAGACUCUACAUUGGGUUUUGCAGACUUCAGCUCUGGACUGAGCGAAUCAAGUUUGGGAAUGAAGCACAGCAGAUGGAGUGGGCGAAGCGGGAAAGCGAGCGGGCGGAGCGAGAGCGGCUGAAGAGACUUCGGCAACAGGAGCAGGACGAUCUGGAGCUGGCAAUCGCUCUCAGCAAAGCGGAGAUGUCCAACCCUUGACUCUGCCAACCACCUUCCCAUCGGAUCCACCCUCUCCGUUCACUACAGCAUUGAGUGUGUGUGUGUGUGUGUGUAUGUGUGUAUGAAUGGUCCAAGAUAGACUUAAUGCAAGUGGGCAGGGUCCCUGACAGUAAAACCUCUAUCCUUUUGUGUUUGCUUCGGGGGCAGCCUUUGGUUUGUGAAUCAGCUCAUUUAUUCUACAUGCACUGCAUUAAGAGUUUAUUUUAAAGCGUUUUUGGCUGCGUGGGAAUGUAAUCGGAGCAAUGGAUGUUGAAGGCCAUUAUGGGUCUACACGGGCCAUUAUCGCCACUAAUUGGUGGAUAAAAGACCACUAAAAAAGGUCUGUAAGGUUUAAAAACCAGGACUUGAAUUUCCAUGACUACACUCCUUACCAUCAUCGAGGAAGGCACUUAAUUUCAGCUUUAAACGGGUAGAACUCAAUUGCAGUAUGCAUAGGGUACGUGGAUCUGGAUAAAGACAGUCUGCGUAAAUAAUAAGUUACUGACUCUUGCUAUAGUCAGUACCGGUACACACUGGAAUAAGAGCAGCGCCUCUCAGACUAAACGUCUGAAGGUACUCUUGAGGGUGACGUGAAACUGAAUAACCCGCAUUGUGAAUUUAUGUUUUAUAUAAGUGUCGUACGAAAGCAGCGUUUACUUCAGAUUGAAACAAAUUUAACAAUUUGCCGAAUCAACUGAUAUACCUUUGUUUUUUGCAGUGUUAUAAAAGAUCAGGAUUGAGCAGGUACCUAUAAAAGAUUAUUUGGUUGCUAUUUACAUUAGUUCUGUUUAGAUUUGCAAUUCCGUUAUUAGGAUUCGGUCGCUUCAAACACGUUGCUUUUCCUAAAGGAAACUGCUAGUGGGCUCAAACGUGAUGUGUAGGCCUUCUCGCAUUUACGGUGCUUUAUAAGGGAAGUUCUGUAAAUUUACAUAUGAUCAAAUGUUAAACUGGUAGUGGUAGCUGUAAGCACAAUCAAAUUUGAAAAUUUAUGCAACACACAUGCAGGUGGGACGACAGAGACGGCGACCAUUCAGCGUGGUACACAAGUAAAAAAAGGAAGUUACCGUUAAUUUGUGGUUUGCAGUCGGCUCACACCUAACUUUUGGUCGGUAUUGAAUUAAAUGUUUAUGUAGUUCCAGGAAAAUUUUUAACAUUUUUGGUUUUUACAAGUUAGUUAUCGUAAUACUUUAUAUACAUAUACACAAACUAACAAACUAGCUGGUACUAUUAAUACGCAGCCAACCUCAGAUCAUUUGAACUGUUAAAUUAAAGUAUUAUGAGUAAUGCGAUGUGGUCAGUCAUCACGGACACAAUUGUUUUAUUUUAGGCCCGAAUGAUUUUUGACGCUUAAUGUCCAACAUUUUGGACGCAACUGUGAGAGAAUUCUUAAAACGAACUGUGACUGUAUACUGCUAAUUUUUUUGCGGGUCAUCUUUUCUCUAUUUUCUGUUUCUCUGUUUUUACAUUACAGUUGACUCGUGUUGUUUUUCCCACCGUCAUGUUAGAGUUACAUUAAACAGUGUUAUUGUGUCUUAUUUAAAAUAUGUAAAAUGUGAUCCUGGGACCUAGUUUACGCUGAAAUUCUUGUGAGGGGGUUUUUCACUAAAAUAAACCCAACCUAGUCUACUUGAUUUAAGUAGUACACUAAUUAAAGGUCAGCAAAAACUAAGUAAUAUAAAGCGAAUUCCUGGCUUUUAAUGGCGUAACGGGCUUGUUGGAACUUCAGAGAAACGUUGUAUUUUUUUCUCCAUGUUAGAGUCCUCCUUAUGCUGUGUUUGUACUUUAUACCUCCAUUGUGCAAUAGUUUGUAUAUUUUAUUUGUCGUAAUACCUGUAAAUUCAUUUCAUAUUGUUUUAUUCUCAAUGUCUUUUAUUUUUUUAAAUAAUUGGAAGUGGUAUUUUUUGUUACUGUCAUAAUUUAGUAUGUCCUGCUAAACUCGAGCUGAAUGCAUUCCUUUUCGACCUGCCUUUAACCCUCACCUGUGUAGAUAUUAACCUGAUAGAGAAAUGCAUACAAAGUAUACAGAAACCAUGUAUAUCGUGUGUUAUAUUUGCCCUAUGAAACAUGAGUAACUGCACACGUGUAAUCUGACACAUUUUAAGGAUUUCAUGCUUGGAUUUCUUGGGAAAUGUUCACGCUCGGUAUGCUGUCCCAUGAUUUCGCGGAAUAAAGAAAAAGAUAACAUUUCAGAUA